GCCGGGUAGAUUCAAAAUACUCAUUUUCGGCCCUUUUCGAUAAAUUCUCCCUCUCCAAGCAUUCAACCCCAAAUUCCAAUGGAAUCGCCGCCGGGAAAACCCCAAACCCGUGGCUCCGUCAACAGGCUCUCCUUCCUGGUUCAGUCUGCCGUUUCAAAUCUUCACUCCCUCAUCAACCACAAAACGACAUCUUAUCCUCUUCAACCCGCCCCUCCACGCGCUCGCUCCCCUCUCAUCAGCUCCGUUUCCACCCAACACCCACUGCUCUUAUUGCAAUCUGCCCCCUUCGAAUCGACUGAGUUAGAUUCGGGCCCCCCAACUCCGUCAUCCUCGAUCGAAGGCAUGCCUUCCAAGCCCAGUUUGGAAUCCACCGCCUCUGUGAGAAUUUCUGGCCCUGGUUCUGUUGGCAAAGGUGGGCCGGCUUUUGUUGGUCAGGUUUUCAGUAUGUGCAACCUCUCAGGCACUAGUCUUAUGUCUGUCUCCACGCACUUCCACAUUCCAUUUCUGUCUAAAAGUACUCCGGAGUGGCUUAAGAAGAUGGUUGAUGGAAUUACUAAGACUGAAAAGAGUGGCCCUGUGUUCCGGUUCUUUAUGGAUCUGGGUGAUGCAGUAUCUUAUGUCAAACGGAUGAAUGUUCCAAGUGGCGUGGUUGGUGCAUGUCGUCUUGAUUUAGCAUAUGAUCAAUUUAAGGAAAACCCUGAAUUGUUUCAGUUUGUUCCAAAUAAAAAGCAGGUCAAGGAAGCAAAAAAACUUCUCAAUGCAAUGCCACAAAAAGGUCAAAAGAAGCAUUUAGAAGGUGUUCCUGUUUUUAGUGCUCAAAACCUGGAUAUUGCAAUAGCAACAAAAGAUGGUAUAAAAUGGUAUACUCCAUAUUUCUUUGACAAAAGGAUGUUAGACAACAUACUUGAAGAUUCGGUUGAUCAGCAUUUCGAUUCACUAAUCCAUACAAGGCACCUAGAACGUCGGCAGGAUGGUAUUGAUGACAAUGUUUCUUCUGAAUUAGUUGAAGAGAUGGGAGACAGCAUGUGGGAACCUCCAGAGGUUCUGGAAGUAAUAGAUGAAAUUGGCCUCCCCGAAAUUCCUCUGAGCGUCAUUUCUAAAGCUGCUGAAAACCAGCUUCUAGAUGCUGUUGACAAAGUCCUAUUGGGAAAUAGAUGGCUCCGGAAAGCGAUCGGUGUUCAACCAAAAUUUCCUUACAUGGUUGACUCUUUCGAAAGAAGGAGUAUAUCUUCCUUCCAGAGAGCACGCAAGGCACCUAAUACUGAUGCCAUAUCUGAUUCUGAUACCCAAUUAAAUUUUAUCGGUUCAUCAAAGGAAAAAAUGGAUUAUCUGCCAGAUAAGCAAAGGGAACUAAAAAGACGAAAUGAACCACAUCCAUGUGCUUUUCUUCCAAAUAUUACAAUGAUAGGAGUGGCAAUGAGGGAGGGUGGCCAGGUGAGCAAAGCUGCAUUGAAGAAGACUGUGGAAGAUCUGACAAAAGAAUUGGAGAGCACUGAGCAGCAAAUUCAUAUGGGAAACAUCAAUGAUAUUUUGGAGCAUGAGGAAAGGGAUCCUCUCUUUGUAGCCAAUGUCGGCGACCAUCUUCUCAAUGGUGCUAAUGCAGGUUCAGCUACAUGGGUUCGAUCUGGUGGAGCAGUUUGACGGUUCAACUUUAAAGUAAAGAUUCAGGUUCAACUUAACUUUAACCAGUAAUGCAAAUAGAAGUAGUUUAUUUAAAGCUGCAUAAUUCUCUAUUAUGUGCUGAUUUGAUAUACAGCUAGUGGCUUUGAUGGAUGGUGGGCAUGUAUGAUGAUUGAUACACACCCCAGCUAAAAUAUUUCCCCCACGUUCUUACAAUUUGUGCGGAAUGUUAAAUUGUUUUGUAACUUGCACAUUAUGUCCGGCACUCCGGCCAGUUCCUUUUUUUUACCCGAGCUAAGAGAAUCCCUUCAGACGUUCAUAUGACAGAAAUUCUCUGCAUUUUCAAACACAUUUGGAAGGCCUUGCUCCAGGUGGAGUAAACGUGGAGGUCUUCUUUUCUUGCGCCGAAGGCCUACAACAAGCAACUAUCCUGAUGAGUGCUCCAGGUUAGGAGGCGACCAUCUCUUUUGAGCUUAAGAAAAAUGUAUUAUACAUGUAUUAUUUUCAUAUUUUUUUUAAUUACAUUAGAUAUAUAGAUGCAUGCAACUUUAAUUUAUAGUUUUCAAAGUUAAUUUUAUACUUCGAUAGUUCGAUUUAAUUAAUAAAUUAAUAGAAAAUCAUUGGUUAAUGACUUAAGAUAUCCAAUC